AUGGUUAGGAUUCUAAAAAAUAAAGUGCUUUCCAAAUGCUAUUGUAACACUAUUUCUGGGAGUUGGGAACGCCAGAUAGGCUGGUUGCCUACGAAGCUUUUUCUAUCUGGCUCACCCUCCCUGAACAUUACGCCUAAUCAGUUCAAUAGCACACCAAACUGCUCUCAACAUGCCCAAACGAACGUUUUCCCUAAUGCGGAUCGAGCACAGAUUAAUUCACCAAGCGGCACCAGUAACAAUGAUUUCUUCUCACGAUUAAUCUUGUCACAGCAACAACAGCAAGCUGUGGAUACAAAAGCCUCAUUAGUCACUUCUCCCCGUACUCCCAGAGUAACCUCUCCAAGAGGUUUCAGUAUCAAUAGAUCAGGAAGAUCUUCAUCUGCCUCCUAUAAUUACAGACGAGCAUCCAUGAGCAGUGAAAGCUUGAUGUCUUCAUUCAGAUCUCCUUCCAACCAUAACAAUAAUUUUGAUCCUAUGGUUAUUGGAACUCUGAUUGCAUCAUUGAGCAACAAUAACAAUACCAACAACAAUAUGAAUGCCAUGAAUGGAAACAACAUGAUGAAUGCAACCGCUGCGAACAACAUGAUGUUCCAAAACUCAAUGUCUGGUUUCUUAAGCAAUACCAAUUCUAACCAAAAUAACACUUGUAUCAGUAAUAAUCAAGGCAACAACAUGUCCUAUCCUCCACAGGUAGUAUCACCUCAACAAAUACCAUCUCAACUUUCUUUCCUUUUUCAGCAACAAGCUCAACCUCAAUCCAUGAAUGUAAAUACGUCAUCCCUCUCCUGUACACAACCAAUGACCAUUGUACAACAUAAGCAAAAUCGUCCUCAACAACUCUUCCUGUCAAGAAGCUACUCUCCUGGAACAGAUGUGUGCACAGACAAUUCCAUUACUCCAAGAUCCAUGCAUUCAACAGAUAGUGAGCUUAAUUCCUUCUCGCAUCUAAUGCUUGUAGAUAGUGAAUCAUCUACUCCAAGACAAGGCUAUUCCCAAGCACAGAAUAUGGAGUCGACAAGUAUGAAUGAAGAGAUCAAUGCCUGUCUCGACGACAUUAGAGCCUUCAUGGAUGAAAAUUCAUUCCUUCCUGACGAAUUCAGAACUUUUGAGUUCCCUGCACAGACACAUCAAGCGAAUUCGGCUCAACCACAAAAUGAACACCUACCUCAAACAGAAUAUUGUUUCUUCAAUACCUCGACCAUGAAUGAGAACAAAUCCAACGAAGAUGUUGCCCUGCAACAGAGUGCACACGAUGUAGCAUCAAUCCCUCCUGUUUUCAACAACAACAAUAAUCCCUCUCAACAACUCUCUCAACCAGCAGCACAAACAAAUCCAACAGAGCAAGAUGAAAUUGAUGAAAUUGAACAAUUUCUUUCAUUGUUUGCUUGA